AUGAAAUUCGAGCUUGUCUUCAUACCAUAUCCAGGAAUCGGACAUAUCAGAUCAACAGUCGAGAUUUCGAAGCUACUCAUCGACCAAGAAAACCGCCUCUCUAUCUCCCUACUCAUCCUCCCUUCAAUCUCCGGAAAUGAAACCGGUGCUUCAGAUUACAUCGCAGCCCUCUCCGCCGCAUCCAACGACCGUCUCCGCUACGUAAUCAUCUCCGACGGAGAUCAACCAACGGCUGAGCCUACGACGCAUGACGUCCAUAUCAAGAAUCAAAUACCAAAGGUGAGACGCGCCGUUUCCAAACUCGUCCACGACUACUCGACGCUACCAAACUCCCCUACGAUCGUCGGAUUCGUCCUCGACAUGUUCUGCACCUCCAUGAUCGACGUGGCGAACGAGUUCGGUGUUCCGAGUUACAUGUUUUACACCUCCAACGCCGGGAUCCUCGCGCUCGGGUUUCAUGUUCAGAUGCUUUACGACGAGAAGAGAUACGAUGUGAGAGAAAGCGACUUCGAAGACUCGGAAGCUGAGUUGAUCGUACCGAGUCUGACUCGUCCUUAUCCGGUUAAAUGCCUUCCUCACGGCCUUGCCUCGGAGCAAUGGCUCGCGGUCUACGUGAACCAAGCGAGAAGGUUCAGAGAGAUGAAGGGUAUUUUGGUAAAUACUGUCGCUGACUUGGAGCCUUACGUGUUGGAGACUCUAACGAGUGGUGGUGAUACGCCUCAUGUUUAUCCGGUGGGACCGUUGUUGGAUCAAGUUGGUGAUUGUGAGGAGAAGAAGCAAUCGGAGAUUUUGGAAUGGCUUGACCAGCAACCGGCUAAAUCGGUGGUGUUCCUCUGUUUCGGGAGCAUGGGAGGGUUUCGUGAGGAGCAAGUAAGAGAGAUCGCCGUCGCGCUUGAUCGAAGCGGUUACCGUUUCGUGUGGUCUCUCCGCCGCGCGCCUUCGAAUAUAAUGAAGGAAGCUCCUGGAGAAUUCACGAAUCUGGAGGAGAUUCUCCCGGAAGGAUUCUUUGAUCGGACCAAGGAGAGAGGGAAAGUGAUCGGAUGGGCCCCACAGGUUGCCGUGCUGGAGAAGCCGGCGAUUGGAGGCUUCGUCACUCACUGCGGGUGGAAUUCGAUGCUGGAGAGUUUGUGGUUCGGUGUUCCGACGGCGGCGUGGCCGUUAUACGCGGAGCAGAAAUACAACGCGUUUGUGAUGGUGGAGGAGCUUGGACUGGCGGUGGAGAUUAAGAGGUAUUGGAGAGGCGAUCAUUUGGGCGGGACGCCGACGGACUUGGUGACGGCGGAGGAGAUUGAAAGAGCGAUCAGGUCACUGAUGGAGCAAGAUAGUGACGUGAGGAAGAGAGUGAAGGAGAUGAGCGAGAAAUGCCACGUGGCGGUAAUGGACGGUGGAUCUUCGCGGAUUGCUUUGCGAAAAUUUGUUCAAGACGUUGUGAAGAAUAUUCUUUCACCGGAUAUUGUGUAG